AGUUUUUAUUCAAUACUGUCAUUGAAUAUAUUUGAGCGAGAAUGGCAUGAAGUUUUGGCAAAUUGCUGUUUCUGUCUACUCCUUUUUUUCUCUCUUUUGAAAAUGAAUCAUGUUUCAUGUUGGAAAUUUAUCAACUCCUACAGAUCAAGAUGAAUUAAUGUAUCAUGUUCUAUUUGAGACUGCGCACCACGGUUAUUACACACUAUUAGAAGAAAAAGAAAGCCUGGCGGUUCAGAUGAUGAUGACUGACUGGAAAUACGAGGAGCUGUGUGUGGACGGUCUUCACAUUCACACCGGGUUAUGGUUAUGGAAAGUGUUGUGAUUUGAAUGAAGUGAAAACAGUUGUUUGUUGAGGUCACUGCGAUGAGCACAUGCACACAUCAGUGUUUAUUCCACAGUUUCAAUGUAGUGUGUGUGUGUGUGUGUGAGGAGGUUUUACAGUGAUUGAGAGUGAGGGAUUCCCCCGUCGCCGGUAUAAAGCCCAUCACACUCGUCCUCCAGCAAACACACACACACACACACACACACACACACGCUGUGAGUCUGAGCGAUGACACUCAUCAUGAGGAUCUGUGAGUAACCCCAUAUUCACACACACACACACACACACACUGAUGGAGCUGAUAAAUCUCAUCUUUACUCUUCUGUUUGAUUGAAGUGUUUGUGAAAGCUGCUUCACUGCAGUCUCUCUGAUCUGCGUGUGUGCGUGUGUGUGUGUGUGUGUGUGUGUGUGUGUGUGUGUGUGUGUUCCUCAGGUGCUGUGUUCGGUGUAUUAGUGACGCUGGCUCUGGGUUCUCUGAUCCCUCAGAACACACUUCAGUGUGAAUGCCGGAGCGCUGCCAGGUCUCUGCUCUCCAGACUCACACACAUCAUGCAGAAGCAGAGGAAGAUGGAGCACGGGGAUCUGUUUUCCUCCUUUAACUGCACAGAUCUGGAGGCUCAGAUGAUUCCUCACACUCUCACGGUGUCUGUGUGUCAGCCCAACGCUUCUGAUGACAAAGCGUCCUGCUCCAGGAGCUCGUCUUUCAGCGAGGCGGAGUGUCUGACGAACAUCAGAGCCGAUCUGCGCUAUUAUGACGCGAUGCUGGACUCCUACAGGCCCAGCAAGACCGAUCUGAGUCCAGUGAAGACGGACACCAAAGCCCUGCUGGAUUGUUUGAAUGAGAAGUGUGAGUCUGCGGACGGAGAGUUUCCUAAGCAGUGGGACGUCUGGAGCGGCUCGUCCUUCGAUGACCGUCUGUCCCUCUGCAAAAUCCUGAAGGGCUUCCACAUCCGGGCCAUCACCAUGAACCGGGCCCUGGGCUACAUCGGCUCCGGGGAGCACAGGAAAUGAUGUCAUCACUACAGCGCCUCAUCAAACACGGCUGACGCCCGUCAGUCACGUAUAAGCUGGAUAAUUAUGUUCAUCACUCACUCAAUCUAUUUAUUUGUUUUGAGAAAUUAUUUAUGUCUUAUUAAUUUAAUUAUUUAUUAAUUAUUUAUUAAAAUAUUUCUGUGACAGAA